AUGGACGAAGUUCAAGAUCUUUUCCACAUUUGUAAUUAUAAAAAUUUAGAAAGUAUUCACUUUCAAAAGUUUAUAUACAAUAAAUUGCUGCCGUAUGUAGAAGAUUUAGAAACAGAAUCAGAAACUUUAUUAGCCGAGAUUAAAGCAAAUUUAGGACGAGCUGUUAUGUGUCAUGAAGUAUGGCCAGGUUGUUACGUAUGGGUUAAUAAGUUAUGGCAUUACAUAAAGUUAUAUGGAUUAAAAUUUAGUAAAGAAGAUCACAUCUUGUUCAUAAAAUUACUGUUUGAAUUGGUUACAGUACCAGAAAUACCAUCAGUUUCUACUUUAAAAUGUCUUAAUACAUUAAUUUUAUUAUUAGUGAGAAAGAAAUUAAUAUCUCCCAGUGAAUUAGAACUUCCAUGGCAACCACUUUAUAAAAUAAGUCUUCACAUGAUGGAAACAGGAGAAAGUCGUCCAGAAAUGUAUUGCUUCAGCUCUGUUCAUAAGGUUGCAAUAAUAGCUCUUAUAGACUGUGCAAAGGUUUAUUUCCCUUUAAGUGCAACACAGGAAAUAUUAGAUGAGUUAAGGCCAACUCUAUGCCCUCUUGAUGUUUCAACAAUGUCUAAAAGUUUGCAAAUACUACAAUGGUUUUUACCAGUACAAUUACCACCUAAAUACCACUCAAUGGGAUAUCAGUUGUGGUUUGAUGAAUUUAUGACAUUAUGGGAAGUUUAUCAUAAUAUCCCAGAAUGGGAAACUAAAAUAAUGGAUUUAAUGGCAUCAUUAGCUAGUUGUAACAUUGGAUAUAUUGAGUGGGAGCCAUAUAUUCCACUGAUGUUCACUAGAUUUAUGCAAGGCUUAAAAUUACCAGUAUCGUAUAAUAAAUUACAGAAAUAUAAAUAUUAUGAAAUAGACGCAACUUCUAUAGCAAAAUGGAUAGUAGCAGUUUUGGGGAAUAAUUCAAGUGCUCAGAUGUAUCUCGAAAAGUUCUUGAAAACUAUAGAAACAUAUUUUCAUCCUGCAAAUAAUGGUUGUUGGUUAGGAACAUUAAAAGAAAUUCUUUUAAAACUUUCAUUUUAUUUUAUUACACGUUUAAACAGAGAGCGAUACGCAAAACUAACGUGGGAGACACCUGUUCCUGAAAAAUACAAAUUAAUUGACAGUGAUAUUGAUGCAUUUGUCAAAAGUAUAUUGCCAGUAACAAUGACAGCUAUGUUUAACAAGUUAAGUAUUAACGAGGCUUUUCAAGCGUUGCAAUACCUUGCUAGUAUGAGGCCCAGUUUGGUUAUUCCACAUGUUUUGGAUAGAAUAUCUUCUACACUAGACUCCCCUACAACAGAAUCAUAUAAGAUGAUUGCUACAUUGAUUUGUAUGGAAGCUAUAGCUAGACCAAUGGCAGAAGGCUCUCAAAAUGUAAACAAAGAUUAUACGUACUUAGAAGGACCAACACACAUAUUGCCAUUGCUUUCUUUAUUAUUACCUAAUAUUGAUCCAAAUGAUCCAGAAAAGUGUUUUCUUACUUUUCGUCUUAUUUUAGUUUAUGCUUCUUUUAUACCUAUUGUGGAUUCCUCUAAGGCGACCACAAUAACAGACGAAGAAGAAACACUCAGUUAUGAGGUAGCCUCUGGAUUUGAAGAUUUUAUUUUGCAGUUUCUUGACAAAAUAUUCUCUUUUAUAGACUACAGUUCUUUAGAAUCAGUUAGACUGGAAAAUUCAUCUGGUAGUAAAAAAAGUAAAUUAGAGAAAGUCACAGAAAAUGUACUUUACGAUGUGUGCGUGGUUUUAUUAAUGCAGAUUAAGGAUACAAUAUUUGAACGUGCUUUAUAUAAAUUACGUGAAUUUAUCACUGAGCGUAUACUUGAAAUUAACGUUGCUGGACAGCUGGCUGGUGGCUUAUGUCGAGUAUUCGCUCGAGUUAAUGGCAAAGAAACUUUGCGCGUAUUGUUACCUGUACUUUCAGAAACUAUUUUAAGUAUCACAAGAGAAAAUAAAGAUAUUAUUAAAGAAGACAAUUUGGACGAACGUCUUUUACACGCAAUGUUGCUGUUAUCUGCAACUGUUAAUACAACAGGGAACAAUUUACUACCAUAUAUAGAUACACUGAUGGCCGUUCUUGAUCAUGUACUAAUUUUAAAAUCAAAGGACGGAAGAGAUUUAGCUUGUAUGUUGUUAAAUACUAUUCUUCGCUCAUUAUCUACCAUGACGCCGUAUCAUUUCGAAUCUACCGAUAGAAUUCGAUACUGGGGACAAAUUUUGGACAUUAAUAGUUUAAGUGUUAAGUGGUAUGUUCCUGGCAAAGAAGAAAUGACUGUAAUAAAUCGAAUAUUCUUAAAAUAUUUAUUGCCUGAAGUAAAUAAAUUAGAGGAAUACUGUAAUGAUUGCAGCAAAUUAACAAGAGAAGAAUUACUGAUCAGUUUAAAUAUCGUGUGCAACAUUAUCCAAGGCUGUGAUUCUGUUUUACCUGUAUGGAAAGAAGAACCAUUGAGUUUGGUGAAGUCAUCUUCAAAGUGGCUACCUUUUAUACCAACGCUUGGCAUAAAGGAAGAAAUAUUAAUGCUAGAUAAUAGUAAUGUAAAACGUUAUAUUGCAACGCUCAUGAAUAAAUUACAAAGUGUAAUACUUAAGAAUCCAGAGGGUAUCACGAAAUGUUUACGUGUUUUGAUAAAGAUUUGGGCUAGCCUGUUAUUUGGAACAGGUUCUUUGUUUAAUAUGACUAGGUCAAGGUACAAAGAUCUUAAAAGUACAUGUAGAGUAAUGGAGGAUAAGUUAGUAAAAAAAAAGGGAGUGAUAGGGGCUUGCGUAUUGUUGCGUGCAGAAACUCAGCAUGUAACACGUUCAUAUCUACAAAUUGUUAAUUUAACAGAAACUCAUAAGCAAAUAAUGUUACAACUUUUUACACUGGCCACUAGUAGGUACGCUAGUGUACAAUGGCAAGCUCAAUACAUUCUUUCUCGUGCUUUUCAAUAUUUCUCAUUUUCCUGGAAAAUUAUUACUCCAAAAUUGCUUGAUAUAUUAGGAGAGGAUCCGGAAACAGAUAAGGAUGCGUAUAAGGGUGUUUUACACAUUUUACUUAUUUCACAAGAAACCCCUAUCUUAAUGAAACACGAUUGGAAUACAUUGAGAGCUUCAUGGUCAGCACUGGUGCUUUCUAAACCAUCCGAAGAAUUAUCUAUAAUACGCUUAAAGAAAGACUUAGUAACAUUUAUAAACAAUCAGUUUUCAACGGUUGCUAUUACAUAUGAAAUGCCGAAUACAUGUUUGCAAAUUGCACCUGAUUUAUGGAAAACUUAUCCACGACCUAAUUUAUCUCAACCUACCGAAGAUGAAAUCAUAGAAGGUUUAAAAAUAAUGCAAACGUUCAAUGAAUCUAAUGUGGCGUCUUACAAAGGUUUAGUAACGGAUCUGUUAAGUGCUCUUGUGGAAACAAAUUUGCAUUGGAGGCAUCGUUUAAUGGCAUUAAAUUUUAUUCGACAUUUGGUUCAUCCAGAACAAAUAUAUCCACCGGAUGUAGUCCGUUACUUUGUCGGAACAUUAAUACACGAUUCGUUAAGCGAAAGAAAUAUUGCUUUUCGAGUAGUUACAUGCAUGUUGCAACAACAAAAAAGAAAACAUCCAAAGAUAACUAUUGAACUACCAGUGUCGUCGAAAAAGGAUGAAUCACAAAAAAAUCAAUCUAAGAAGUUUAUAUUAGGACAAAGACCAGAUAAUGUUUGGCUUCAGUAUAAUUAUGAAACUCGUCCUUUGACUACAGAACAAUGGGAUGAACCUAGGUUUAUUCAUCAGCCCUAUAUUGGGUAUUAUACGUGGCCAAAAGAAAUACAAGUAUAUGCACCAUCGAACAAACAACCGUGCUUAGAUCCAGAUUUACGACAAUUAACGGAUCACGAGAAAGAAAUCAAUUUCUUUUUUAACGAUCCAGAAAAUAUUAAAAAACUCAUCAAAUUCUACAGCCUUGAAACGAAAAAAGACAAAGACAAAUUUAAUGUUCACAAGUACCUUCUUUUCAAAGGUGUUUUUCGUAAUCAUGGAACAGUGUUUUUAAAACACUUUCUACCACAUUUACAAGAAUUAGUGGUAGAUAAGCAAGAAAGUAGUCAAAGAUGUGCAGCGGAAAUUAUCGCUGGAAUUAUUAAAGGUUCAAAACAUUGGCCGUUUAGUAUGGUUUGUGAAAUGUGGGAUUCUCUGUUACCAAUUAUAAGGCUUGCUUUAAUUAAUUUGACUCCGGAAACUAUUAUGGAUUGGGUUUUAUGCUUUUCGAAAGCGCAGCAAUGUAGAGAUCCGAACAGACAACAUUGGUUAUUGGAAUGUUUGAUGGAAGAAGCUUGUUUCGGCCAAUCGGAGUCGUCUUUCAUCGAAUGUGGACGUCUCUAUACUUUACAAGCGGUUCUUAUCAAACAGCCGUGGCGUGUUUUGGAAUUAUUACAACGAUUAUUAAAGCACAUAGAAGAUAGAUUAUUAGCAAAUCCGUUUGAAAAUGUGAGAGAAAGAUUAAGUUCUGUUCUAGUAACAGUAUUUAGUGCAAGGUUGAGGUCUUUAAAUGCUUCAAGCAAUCAAUUACCACAAAUACAAGAUUUCUUAGAUAAAAUAAUUCCAAAAUUACAACUUCUUCUUAACGAUGAUGUAAUGAAAUCAAAUAAGGAAGUAGAGACUUUAUCUGUACAAAUAGCUACCGUUAAAUUGAACGAGUAUUCGAACAAGUCAAAAAUAAGUGAAGAAGAAAAGCAAAGCACAAUUCGAUUACUUAAAACAGUUUGUAAUUGGAUUACAAAUAUGGAUUUUUCCCGGUUUUAUCUGCCACCGGAGUUUUACCAAAUAUUUCCAAUUAUAUAUCAACUAGAAAAUUGUGCGACAGAUGAAGAACUAAGAAAAUCAUGCAAAUUUGCUUUAGCGGUAUAUGCUCAGAUAUUUACCUUACCACGUGAUAUACCGAUAGUUUUGGAAGCAAUAGAAAAAAUGUCGAAACAUACAUCUUGGUGGACAAGAUCUGCUUGCUUAGAACUUCUUCAAGCAUGGGUAUUUUAUAAUAUGGGUACAUUGUUAAGUAAUUCAACAUGGAUUAAUUGUAUCAAAGACAUUGUUCUACAUUUGUUGGAAGAUGAACGAGUAGAAGUUCGAAAAACUGCUGGUAAAGUCCUUAGUGGACUGUUGCAUUGUACAUUUAUACCAGAACAAGAAUGUCUGUUGAAUGAAUUUAAAAAGAAAGCAAAAACAAAAUUAUGCAAAAAAGAACAUUUGGGUUCUAAUAAAGAAGGUACAAAAAAUAAUGUUAAAACUGAUGCCAUACGUAUCCGCCAUGCAGCUGUAAUAGGAAUGUGUGCAUUCAUUCAAGCUCACCCAUAUGACAUACCUAAAUAUAUACCUCCAAUUUUUGAACAUCUUAGUCCUCAUAUGGCUGACCCACAACCUAUACCGAUGACAAUUAAAAAAACUCUUGAUGAUUUUAAAAGAACUCAUGAUGGUUGGAGACGUAUGAAAGAACAUACACAGCAUUUUACAGAAGAGCAAUUAAAUGUGUUACAAGAUUUGAUGAUGCCACCCUCCCAUUAUGUUUAACAGCUUUUUACGUGGUGAAAAUAUUUGUAACAAUAAUAAUGAUAACAAGAAACUAACAACUGGACACAUAAUUAUUGAUAUUGUACUGUGAAGAUAUACCUCUGAAAUAUUUUUAUUAUUUAAAACAA